AUGCCCGAGCCGGCGGCCGCAGCGCAGGACGGCGACCGGCCCCGGCGGGCCCCGGCCGGGGAGGAGCGAACGGAACCGGCGGCCCCCACCGGCGUCCUGGAUAAACUCUUCGGGAAGCGGCUGCUCCAGGCCGGGCGUUACAUCAUGUCCCACAAGGCCUGGAUGAAGACGGUGCCCACGGAGAACUGCGACGUGCUCAUGACCUUCCCGGACACCACGGACGACCACACUCUGCUGUGGCUGCUGAACCACAUCCGCCUGGGCAUCCCCGAGCUCAUCGUGCAGGUCCGGCACCACAAGCACACGCGGGUCUACGCCUUCUUCGUCACCGCCACCUACGAGAGGUGGGCUCCCCGUGCCCCCCUGGAACGGCAAAACAUCAUCAGGUACUGGCUGGAGAACCUGCGGGCCAAGCAGGGAGAGGCCCUGCACAACAUCCACUUCCUCGAGGGACAGCCCAUCAUCCCGGAGCUGGCGGCCCGGGGCGUCAUCCAGCAGGUUUUCCCGCUGCACGAGCAGAGGAUCCUCAAGCGGCUGAUGAAGUCCUGGGUGCAGGCGGUGUGCGAGGCCCAGCCCCUCGAUGACAUCUGUGACUAUUUUGGGGUGAAAAUCGCCAUGUACUUCGCCUGGCUGGGCUUCUACACCUCGGCCAUGGUGUAUCCUGCUGUCUUUGGCUCCAUCCUCUACACCUUCACCGAGAGCGACCAGACCAGCCAGGACAUCUCCUGCGUGGUCUUUGCCAUCUUCAACGUCAUCUGGGCCACCCUGUUCCUGGAGGAGUGGAAGCGCCGGGGGGCCGAGUUCGCCUACAAGUGGGGGACCCUGGACACCCCCCCCGAGUCCAUCGAGGAGCCCCGGCCCCAGUUCAGGGGCGUUAAGAGGAUCAGCCCCGUGACCAGCGCCGAGGAGUUUUAUUACCCGCCCUGGAAGCGGCUGCUCUUCCAGUGCCUGGUCAGCCUGCCCGUCUGCCUCGCCUGCCUCACCCUCGUCUUCCUCCUCAUGCUCGGCUGCUUCCAGCUCCAGGAGUUCGUGCUGAGCAUCCAGGAGCUGCCCCGGAUCAUCCGUUUCCUGCCCAAGAUCAUCCUGGCCGUCAUUGUCACCGCCUGUGACGAGCUGUACAAGAAGGUGGCCUACUGGCUCAAUGACAUGGAGAACUACCGGCUGCAGAGCGCCUACGAGAAACACCUCAUCAUCAAAAUCGUCCUGUUUCAGUUUGUAAAUUCCUACCUGAGUCUUUUCUACAUCGGUUUCUACCUCAAAGACAUGGAACGGCUGAAGGAGCUCCUGCUCAUCUUCUCUCUCUCCCAAAGCCUCGUGCGGCAGCUCAAAGAGGCUCUUCUCCCCUUCAUCCUCCUCCACCUCCACCUCUCUCUCAUCUUCCUUAAGGGCCUCCUGAGCUUUUGCUGGAGACUGGGAGUAUCCAAAAUGCUGGCCACGCUGCUCAUCACGCGGCAGUUCCUGCAGAACGUGCGGGAGGUGUCCCAGCCCCACCUGUACCAGCGGCUGCGCCGCGGGGACCUGAACCUGCGCAGCCUGCGGCAGCUCGCCCACAGCCUGCUCUGCCUGCUCGCCCCCCGCCGCCACCCCCCGCGCCCCCCGGAGGGGCCCCGCGGCGAGAAGAAGUGUCUGAACGGCGGCUGCGGGGUCCCGGAGGAGGAGGAGGAGGAGGAGGAGCGGCGGGAGUCGGACUCGGAGGAGGAGAGCGCGCUGGACUGCGGGCUGAAGCUGAAGAAGGUGAGCUUCGUGGAGCGGGCGGAGCGGCGCGGGGAGCCCGGCGGCGCCGAGGACGAGCCUUUCCUCGAGGAGGGCAGUCCCACCAUGGUGGAGAAGGGCAUGGACCCCGCCGCCGUCUUCGAGCUCUGCGAGGACGACGACGAGGCCGAAGGGCCCCCCGGGAGCCCGGCGAAGGCGGCGGAGCCGGCGGUGGUGCCGCGGCCCGGCCGGAGGAGGCGGGAGGAGGAGGAUGGGGAGGAGGAAGGGCGGAGGCGCAACCGGGCGUCGUGGAUCGACCCGCCCGAGGAGGAUUACUCCACGCAGCUGACGCAGGCGGAGGUGGAGAGCUGCAUGAAGAAGUACGAGGACACGUUCCAGGACUACCAGGAGAUGUUCAUCCAGUUCGGGUACGUGGUGCUGUUCUCCUCGGCCUUCCCCCUGGCCGCCAUGUGCGCCCUGGUCAACAACGUCAUCGAGAUCCGCAGCGACGCCUUCAAGCUCUGCACGGGGCUGCAGAGACCCUUCGGCCAGCGCGUCGAGAGCAUCGGCCAGUGGCAGAAGGUGAUGGAGGCCAUGGGCGUCCUGGCCAUCGUGGUCAACUGUUACCUGAUCGCCCAGUGUGGGCAGCUCCAGAGGCUCUUCCCGUGGCUCAGCCCCGAGGGAGCCAUCAUCUCCGUGGUGGUGCUGGAGCACUUCGCCCUGUUCCUGAAGUACAUCAUCCAGGUGGCCAUUCCCGACAUUCCUGCCUGGGUGGCCGAGGAGAUGGCCAAGCUGGAAUACCAGCGGCGCGAGGCCUUCAAGAAGCACGAGCGGCAGGCGCAGCACCACUUCCAGCAGCAGCAGCGGCGCAAGCGGGAGGAGGAGGAGCGGCAGCGCCACGCCGAGUACCAGGCGCGGAAGGAGCGCGAAUCCAGCCGGGAUGAGGCCAAGCCCGAGGCCGCCGGGCAGGACCCGGCCCACGAGAAGAGCCAGAGCAAAGGGAAGGGCUCCGGGGGCUCCUCGCACGGCUCCGACAAACCCAAGCGCCCCAGCUCCCUCCUGGCCACCAACAACGUGAUGAAGCUGAAGCAGAUCAUCCCCCUGCAGGGCAAGUUCCUGUCGGGGGGGGCCGGCGCCGGCGGCACGGCCACCGCCAGGUCCCCGCAGUCGCCCACGGGAAGCGAGAACAAGCUGCCCGGAUUCCUCAGCUUCAAGUUCCUCAAAUCCCCGGAGACUAAGCGGGACGCGGGCACCGAGAAGGUCCAGUCCCCCACCAAGCCAUUCAACCCCGGCAAGCUCUUCAACUUCGGCAAGUCCGAAGGGGCCGCGGGCAACGGCGGCACGGCCGGGGCAUCGCCCCAGCCCCGGCCCGGCCCCUCGGCGGACCCCGAGCGCUCGGUGCCCAGCAAGUCCCACCUCAACGGGGCUGCGGAGGAGGGGGGCCGGGAGGAGCCGGAGAGCCGGGCGGAGGAGGAGAGCGGCGGUUAUAGGCUCUAA